ACAAAAUAUAGCCUACAUUGAACCCUCCUCUGCAUUUUUGUUGUGGUAAUAUCACCUUUCCAGCACAAGAUGUCUCUCUACUGUCUAAGUGUGACAGUUUCUGGAAUUUUCACCCACAAACAGUUGGAUUUGUAGUUGAGCUACAAUUUAUCUGAGGCACAAUCUGAGCUUCUAAAAACAUCUUCAGCCGUUUUUACACUGAUACUGUACAGUGACACCAGAGGAGCAGCAGCGGUCGCUCUGACCUCGUCUGUGUCGCCUCGCACGCGGAUCACAGACACAAUGGCGACGCUCACAACGUCAAGCAAAAGACCGUACCAUAUCAUAGUGUUCGGAGCUACGGGUUUUACCGGUCAGUUUGUAGUGGAGGAGGUGGCGCGGACGUGUACCGAGGGUCCAGGAGGGUCGUUACAAUGGGCUGUAGCCGGACGAAACCGAAACCGACUGGAAAAAACACUCAUUCAGGCAGCUGACGCUCUGUGUAAACCAGAGCUGAAGUGUGUGGAGGUUAUUGUAGCAGAUGUAGCCGAGCCAGAGUCAUUGGCCAUCAUGUGCAAACAAGGCGUCAUUGUGCUCAACUGCGUGGGACCAUACAGAUUCUAUGGAGAGCCUGUGGUGAAGGCUUGUAUAGAGAAUGGGGCGCACUGCAUUGACAUCUGUGGAGAACCACAGUUUUUAGAGGGCAUACAGCUGAACUACCACAGUAAAGCUCAGGAGAAUGGUGUGUAUAUCAUUGGAAGCUGUGGGUUUGAUUCAAUACCAGCAGAUAUGGGCAUCCUUUAUACACAGAAUCACUUCAAAGGAACGCUCACCGCUGUGGAGAGCUUUCUAACCAUCAACACGGGACCUGAGGGAGGAUGUGCCCAUGAUGCGACGUGGCAGUCAGCCAUCUUUGGCUUUGCUGACAGUGCCAGUCUCAGAAGGAUAAGGAAGAAGUUUGGGCAUAAACCUCUGCCAACUGUCGGCGCAAGAAUUAAAAAGAGGGGAGCUGUAUUCUUCACUAAGGAGAUUGAGCAAUAUGCUAUUCCCUUCAUGGGCUCAGAUCCAUCUGUGGUGCGACGGACUCAGCGCUAUAUGCAUGAGGAACAUAAACACAGCCCUGUUCAGUACAUGGCAUAUGUAGGUAUUGGUGGUCUCUUCUCCGUGGUGAAGACCCUCUUUGCAGGCGUGGUCUUCUGGCUUAUGGUCAAAUUUAGUCUCGGCAGGGGAUUGCUUACUCAGUUUCCAGGAUUUUUUUCAUUUGGUUUGUUCUCCAAGACCGGACCAUCAAGAAAGCAGAUGGAUGGAACCUCUUUCUGUCUGAGGUUUAUGGGGGAGGGCUACACAACAGGUCAGGACCCCUCUCAGGGCAAGCCAAAUGCCACAAUCAACACUGAAAUAACAGGACCAGAGCCAGGAUACAUUGCUACACCUAUUGCCAUGGUGCAGGCAGCUAUUACACUGCUGAACGAACCUCACAGUCUCCCUAAUAAGGGUGGCGUGUUCACUCCGGGCUCAGUGUUUGCAAGAACCACCCUAAUAGACCGUCUGAACAAACAUGGAAUCCAGUUCUCACUGAAGAGCGGAAAGUAGACAUGAGUACUCUGUCAGAUUCACUCAGCCUAGCUCAUCUCUGUUUUUAGAUAAGUUAAGAAAUUUUGCAUUGACGCAGCCGAAAGUAUUGUGAAUCGAUGAGUGUUGUAGGCCUGUUCUUUGUUUGUGAGCCAUUAAAGGCCUCAGAUCUUAAAGUAUAUACUGUGACACCAAACCACUUUUGAACACUGAAGUCACUUAAAAAUCUUUAAAUGUGAUUGCAUUAAAUGACUAAAUAUCAAACAAAAUGG